CCCCCACGAAGCUCGAGUCCAGUGCGACGUGGUGUCCCUUUGAACCUCCAAGAUGUCUGUUCUCGGGAAGCGCAGCGCUGUACUCAGCGCUCGGGAGCUGAACCUCCUUGCCACAGCAACAAUCGCAGCUCCUGUGCCCCUCCAGUCUCGUUCCGCGCGGUCUUUCUCCGCCUGGAACCGUCCUCCGCCCAACUAUCCCGGCCAUGUGCCAUUGACCUUUUUCGAGCGCGGCGCGUUGGCCGUGGGCUCUGCUUUUGGAGCUCUCAUCAAUCCGCGAAGAGCUGAUCUCAUCGCAACCUGCGGCGAAGCCACGGCCACCCCCUACUUCAUCUACCGGCUGCGCGACGCGAUGCUCGCCGACCCGACGGGGCGGCAGAUCCUCCGCGAGCGGCCGCGCAUCACCUCGCAGACGCUGCAGAUGGCCUACCUGCGCACGCUGCCGGAGAACACGGUGGGGCGGACGUACGCGACGUGGCUGGACCGCGAGGGCGUGUCGCCGGACACGCGCGACAAUGUGCAGUACAUCGACGACCCGGAGUGCGCCUACGUCAUGCAGCGGUACCGCGAGUGCCACGACUUCUACCACGCGGUCACGGGGCUGCCCAUCUUCGUGGAGGGCGAGCUGGCGCUCAAGGCGUUCGAGUUCCUGAACACCCUGAUCCCGAUGACGGGGCUGAGUCUGUUCGCCUCGGUGCGGCUGAAGCCCGCCGAGCGGGAGCGGCUGUUCAAGAUCUACCUGCCGUGGGCGGUCAAGAGUGGCCUGAAGAGUAAGGAGCUCAUCAACGUGUACUGGGAGAAGAUCCUGGAGAAGGAUGUGGGCGCGCUGCGCGAGGAGUUGGGCAUCGAGAGGCCGCCGGAUAUGCGCGAGAUCCGGAGGAUGAUCCGCUUGCAGAAGAAGAGGGAGAAGGAGGCGGCUGCGGCGAAGGCUGGGUUUUAGUGUGCGUGCGUGCGUGCGUGUUUGUUUUUGGUUUUGCUUCAGUGGUGGUGAUACCUGUGUAUAUUAUUGUAUUGCAUGGCAUGGAUACAUUGAUUUCUGGUUUAGAGAAUUCCUUGGUUUGGUUUGCGGUUUUACGUGUGGGUUGACAUAAAGGUAUAAAGGAGGACUCGAAGGCCAUGCGG